GACUCACGUUUCAGCGAUCAGGUGGAUCAACUGACCGGCUUCCAUACUCGCUGUAUUCUCUGCAUGCCCAUCAAGAAUGGUGAAGGUGAGGUGCUGGCUGUGGCCCAGGUGGUUAACAAGUUGCCUCCCGGAUCUUCGCUUCCUUCCGCCGCCGACGGAAAGGCGGUGGCGGCGGCUUCCGGGCUCUCCAGCUCCACUUCUUCUGAGUUGAAGGAGGAAGAGGAGGAGGGAAAGGGGGAGCAGCAACAGGCAUCGGCCGAUUAUCCCGUGUUCACAGACCAUGAUGUGAGCGUGUUCAAGGCCUACACGGCUUUCUGCGGCAUCGGUCUGCAUCACGCUCAGAUCCUGUGGAAAAGUCAGCUGGAAACGAAGCGAAGUCAGGUGAGCCCGUGA